AUGGCAUCAUCAUCAUCAAGACCACUCACCUCCACCUACUCUCUCAUGAAGCUACUCUCUCCACUGAAUGCCUCUCCAGUUUUGGUUCGUUCCUUCCGCCCCAACGCUAGUGCCAAAGUUUGUCCUCUGGUGAAUCCAUUUUUAAAAGAGGACAAGGAAGUGUUGUAUGCGAGGAUUGACAUGCCGGGGAUCAGAAGAAAAGGGCUGAAGCUGUGGGUGGAGGACAACUCUCUGCACGUCACGGGAGUGGAAGAGGUGGACGAUGAUGGUCCGGGCCCCAGGAAGUUCUCCGGCGCCAUCAACCUCUCUCAGGGCUCCUAUAAGGUGGACAAGAUCACGGCGGAGCUCAAGCGCGGUAUGCUCAAGAUCAAGGUCCCAAAGAUCAAGUUAGAGGACAGGAAAGAUAUCAUCCUCGUCAAUGUCGAAUGA